AUGGCAGAUAAAUUCGUUAUCGCUCACGGGAGAGAAAAAGGCAGAGGCCAGGAAAUAGUGUAUGCGCUGGAAAAGCUCAGCACAAAGGUGCAGUGGCCGCAAAAAAUGAAGUCAGAUACGAGCACCAGGAAGUCGAACGUUCUAUGUGAAUUCCACCAGGAAAGAGGACACAAGACCGAAGACUGCAUAGGUCUGCGACAGGAAGUGGUAAGAAUGCUAAAUCAGGGAUACCUGAAAGAGUUGUUGAGCGAUCGAGGACAGGCUAACUUCGCUCGCGGACGUGAUCAACCUCAGGGAACUCCAAAACCACCAUCACCAGCUCGCACCAUACAAAUGAUCAUUGGUGGCGACAACGAUAUGGUUAUCAACCAUGUGAAAUUCACUACCACACACAAACUCAAGCGGACAGUCGCCCAUGAACGGUAUGACGACCUCGAAGAUAGUAUCAUCUUCGAUAAGUCGGAUACCAACGGUUUGUCUUUCAGUCACUAUGAUGCUUUGGUUAUAACUUUACAUAUCGCGGAUACCAAUGUAAAAAGAAUAAUGGUGGAUGACGGAAGCGACGUAUCUAUUAUUUACCCACGAGUCAUCAUACAGAUGAGACUUGAGGAUAAGAUAGUACCGCGUUGUAUAACACUAACGGGUUUUAAUAAUGUAGUGGAACGGACCUCUGGAAAGAUAGUGCUACCCGUUCUGGCAGCAGGAGUCACCCUGGAAACGAAAUUCCACAUCAUGAACCAAGAAAUAGCCUACAAUGCCAUCAUAGGGCGGCCGUGGAUACAUGCCACGCAAGUCGUCCCGUACCAAGUAAUCAAAUUCCCUACCCCAUGGGGGAUAUUCAGCAUUCGGGGACAGCAACGCACCACCCAGGAAUGCUAUCGAAUCACCCAGGACUGCACACACACCCAACAACUAAAGGGGCAAGUGCAGAAGCAUAGCAAUCAGCCAUAUCGGGAACCAAACCCGACAUACAAAUAG